GAGCCAUGGAAGGCCGGGGACCAGUGGCAGAGUUGCAGCGCUCCAUCAUCUGCCCUAUCUGCAGGGGUCCCUUCAAGGACCCUGUGCUGCUGGACUGUGACCACAGCUACUGCCGAGCCUGCAUCACGGGCCAGUGGGAGCGGGAGGGGGCGGGGGUGCUGUCCUGCCCCCAGUGCCAGCAGGUCUUCGAGCGGCGCAGUCUGCGCACCCACGUCAAACUGGCCGUGGAGGUCAAGAUUGCCCAGAACCUCAACGCCAAGACGGCCCAGGAGGCCCUGGUGGCCAAGCCCCGCCGGCGGCGCGGCGGCUGGAUCCCGGUGUCGGUCAUGCCAGAGGGGCAGGGUGUCGGGAAAAUCUGCAGAUAGUGAGUGCCCCUUUCUUCUCCUGCAUGGUCUAACGUGACACCGGACCCUCCCCAAACCGUCCACUCUGACGCGAGCCUCUCGGACAAUAUCAGGACCGUCCACCUGGGCCUUGGAGAGCAGCCCUGGCUCCCAGACAACGUGCUCCGGAGCCAUGCCAGGCGGCCAGGGUGUCUCCUCCAGCCACAUGCAGCAGAGCUCGGGCACGGCACAUACAGUGAUCCCCUGCGGAUAGGACUCAGCCCUGCGCCCGCAGGGGUCCCCCUCCGGAGAACAGGGACAAUCUGAA